AUGAACCUUCUCAAAUGGCCUUGGUCUCGCAUUUCUGGUCUACCGGAAUACCAAAUAAUGAACGAGAAUGGCUCCGAUGCCGGGUCUGAGGAGCACCUGCUCGCCGAAAAGAACUCUCUCCGCCCUCGCAAUGGAUCUGCCAGACUAUCCGAUCAACUCUGCCGGCCCUAUCUCUGGAUUCAUCUUCUGAUAUUCACGUUCUAUACCACCCUCUUCCUCACAUUCAUCAUUUCACUCCAAAGCGAAGAAAAGAUAUGCGCUGACGACCAGACUAUGGUAUGGUCACCGGCCCGAAAGGCCCUGAAGCCAGAACGAUCCUUGUGGAUGAACGAAGUGACGGAUGGUAAUGUCUAUCGAGGCAAGCCAAGACCAGAACUAGACGCAGCGUGGGACGAGCUCGUCUUGUACAGCAAUCUCAAACUCAGAGCUGAAGACCUUAAAAAAAUCAACAGGACUUCUGUUCGACUUUCGGAUGCAUCUGGCCAGCUGACCGACUAUUACUGGAGCGGGUUGAACGUCCAUCAUCAGAUUCACUGCUUGAAACUCGUUCGUCAAGCUCUGUACCCAGAUUACUACUUCAAGGGCAAUGUGAAGCUGAAGCGUCAUCUGGAAGACCACAUCGAUCACUGUGUUGAUAGUAAGAAGUUCCUAAAGCAACCAUUGUCCGCUCUUGAUUACUUUGCUAACAUGCUUGUGAAUCGCUUGCCAGACAUCCGCAUGGCUCUCAUGUGCAAAGCAGAUAUCUCAAUCGGUUCAUAUGACUGGGUCGACAACAACCGAAGGCCAUUGACGAAUUUCCGAACCGAGCACAGCUGCUACAAUUGGGAUCUCGUCAAUAAUUGGGCUCGAGAUCGCCACUUCGAUAUUUACGACAAUGUCACAAUUGUUCAUCCGUUCCUUGGCAAGUCGUAUCCUCUCGACUCUGAUGGCAAUUAUGUGUUCACUGAGGAAAUCGAUCCAUUUUUGGGCAACAAGAUCACGCCACCAUUGUAA